GCGCAGGGUACCAGGGCUGGUGGCUGUCACUGCGCAUCUGCAAUCAUGGUGCUGUCUAUGGAGGACAAGAGCAACGUGAAAGCCAUCUGGGGCAAGGCCUCCGGCCAUUUGGAGGAAUAUGGCGCUGAGGCUCUGGAAAGGAUGUUCUGCGCCUACCCCCAGACCAAGAUCUACUUCCCGCAUUUCGACAUGAGCCACAACUCCGCCCAGAUCCGGGCCCACGGCAAGAAGGUGUUUAGCGCUCUGCAUGAAGCUGUCAACCACAUCGAUGACCUUCCAGGGGCUCUGUGCAGGCUGAGCGAGCUGCAUGCCCACAGCCUGCGGGUGGAUCCCGUCAACUUCAAAUUUCUGGCCCAUUGCGUCCUGGUGGUUUUCGCCAUUCACCACCCCAGCGCCCUGAGCCCGGAGAUCCAUGCCUCUCUGGACAAGUUCCUGUGUGCCGUGUCCGCCGUGCUGACCUCCAAGUACCGUUAGACGGCAGCCCUGGCCUGGCUGGGCUCCGAGCCGCCAGCCAGUGCUCCGCACCGGGAAGCAACCAAAUGUUCUGAAAUAAAGCCUGCUGCCUUGGUGCCCGA